AUGUUGAUCUUAGAUAGACAAACAAAUAGAGAAACAAUGAAGGGCGAACCUAGGAAUUUCCAUGUAAAAAUGAUUAUUGAUAAAUGUAAAACCGUGUUAAUUUUGUCCAGUGCGAUUUGUACAUUUGCUGUUAUAAUAUCAUUACACAAGUUACUAAAUCAUGAUGUUAGAUUAUCGAAACCAUUCUCACCGAUACCAGCUGGUUUGUAUGGAAAUUACCUCGAAGCCUUCGUUGAAAAUUCUCCGCCCCCUGAAAGGAAACCAGAUAAGGGACGAGAUGCGGAAGCAGUGGUGUCCUUGACCGCGGCAUUAGAAAUGAAAAAGAAUGGUAAGGCAGAUAAAGCUUUGAAGCUGUUCCAACAUGCAUUCGCUCUUUCUCCAAAACAUGCAGAUAUUUUAAACCAUUAUGGGGAGUUUUUAGAAGAAACUAAAAAAGAUGUAGUAAAAGCUGACCAGCUAUAUACCUUAGCUCUUACAAACUAUCCACAUCACACUGGUGCUCUAAUGAAUAGACAAAGGACAGCAAGUAUAGUUGAAAACUUAGAUAGAGAAAUGCUUCGAAAAAUAGACGAAAAACGGGACACAUUGCUCUCUAUACCAGAAAAUAAUGCAGCUUUAUGUAGGGCUAAGAAAGAAGCUUACUUUCAGCAUAUUUAUCACACAGUUGCCAUUGAAGGGAACACAAUGACACUACAACAGACUCGUAGUAUUUUAGAAACAAGAAUUGCUGUUGCUGGGAAAAGUAUAGCAGAACAUAAUGAAAUUCUAGGCUUAGAUGCAGCAAUGAAAUAUAUCAACUCAACAUUAUUGUAUAGAUUGAGAGAUAUUAAUAUGGGAGAUAUUUUAGAGAUUCAUAAAAGAGUUUUAGGACAUGUAGACCCAGUAGAAGGAGGUCAGUUUAGAAGAACUCAGGUAUAUGUGGGUGGUCACAUACCACCGGGACCGUCUGAAAUACAAAAACUAAUGACACAGUUUUUGGAAUGGUUGAAUUCUGAAGAUGCAUUAGAGUUGCACCCUGUAAGAUACGCAGCCCUGGCUCAUUACAAGCUAGUCUACAUCCAUCCCUUCAUAGACGGCAAUGGUAGGACGUCAAGACUACUAAUGAAUUUGCUCCUGAUGCAAGCUGGCUAUCCUCCAGUCAUCAUUGCCAAACAACACAGGCAUCUUUAUUAUCAACACUUACAAACUGCCAAUGAAGGGGAUGUAAGACCUUUUGUGAGAUUCAUAGCACAGUGCACGGAGAGAACAUUAAACCUGUACCUGUGGGCUACCAGCGAGUACAGCCCAAGCGUGCCGGCUAUAGGCGACCCACAUAUACUGACUGGAGAGGGAUUCGAAGAAGAUAUUAUAAUA